UAGUAUGUUCAUUGUUAAAGCCAAAUUGGUUGUCAUAUGUCAAAUGUUCCAGUCUAUCUUAAUGAAUUAAUAAUCUCCAAAUCACUACCCCUGAUUUCUUGCCUGAGCAUAAAAAUUGAAUCAUCAAGAUCAUAAUAAAAUGCUAUCAAAUCCAUCAUUCCACACUUAAGUGUCCGAAUCUCUCACGUAUAUCCAAACAAUGCUCUCCUCCUGUGUAUAUUAGUAUAAAAGCAAGGUGAGUGGCUGGAUGUUGCCUCGUUCCUCCUUGCUUAGCCAAGUUUUGACCUCCCUUCAUAUUCAUGGCUCGUAAGAAGGUGAAGCUUGAGUGGAUCGUCAAUGAUUCAGCUAGGAGAGCUACAUUGAAGAAGAGAAAGAAGGGUUUGAUGAAGAAGGUAAGCGAAUUGAGCACUUUAUGCGAUGUCAAAGCGUGCUUGAUUGUCUAUGGGCCAAAUGAACCCCAACCAGAGGUAUGGCCAUCGGCGCCAGAUGCUAUGCGCGUGCUUGCGAGGCUAAAGAAGAUGCCCGAGAUGGAGCAGAGUAAAAAGAUGAUGAACCAAGAAGGCUUCAUGCGCCAAAGGAUCAUGAAGCUACAAGAGCAACUCAGGAAGCAAGAUAGAGAGAACAGAGAGCUCGAGACAACCCUUUUGAUGUACCAAGGCUUAGCAGGGAAGAGCUUACACACUGUGUCCAUUGAAGAUAUGACAAGCCUUGCAUGGCUCAUUGAGAUGAAGGUAAAUAAAGUGCAUGAGAGGAUAGAGCAUUCAAAGGGGGAGAUGGCAUCAAAGAUGGUGGAGGGGGUGAAAGAGGAGAAGAAGAAAGUGGAAGGGCCAUCAAAUAUCAAGGAAAAAACACCCUUGGAGGUCGCCAUGGAGGAACUUCAAAGGCAAGACUGGUUCACUGAAAUUAUGAACCCACAUGAUCUAACGAUCUGCGGAAAUGAAGUUGUGCAACCCUACAUAGACCACAACAACCCAUGGUUGGAUGCUUACUUUCCUUGAACUAAGGUAGUGCUCGUAGUAGUAGCUACUGCAACACCAAUAGAGAUAGAUGUGGUUUUUGAUUUCUCAACUGUAGCAUCAAUAAUGUCUUCACCAGUAUGGUCUUAACUCUAGUAUGUCAUUAUCCUUUUUUUUUUCUCUUUUUUAUCAUCCAUGUUAAUAAAUA